AUGGCUUCAUUUUCUCUUCAAAAACUCUGCAAUUUUUCUAUGUUUUCUCUGGUUUUCAUCUCCACGGUCGCCGUCGCCACUGCUUCUGUUCAGUUCAAAGUUGGUGGCGACAAAGGUUGGACUAAACCAAUUGGAAACAACUCCGAACCUUACAACGAAUGGGCCUCCAGGAACCGCUUUCACGUUGGGGAUUCUCUUUAUUUCAAGUACAACAUUGACUCGGUGUUGGUGGUGAACCGCACAAGCUACACUGACUGCAGUGUUGCAAAUCCGACCUUUAAGUUUAAAGACGGUGAGACGGUUUUCGAGUUCGAUCGGUAUGGGUUAUUCUACUUCAUCAGUGGAGAGAGUGGUCACUGCAAAGCUGGUCAGAAACUGAUCGUUCGAGUAAUGGUGCACCCUGCGGCUGCGAUCAGCUCUCCUCAGCCAGCACAGUCGCCUAUGGAAGACGAUGGAUCCAACGAUAAUGGGGAUGGUUGGGCCUCGAUUUGGGGGCCGCCGCCGCAUAAUUCGACCAUCAAACAGACGGUUGCAUCUUAUUUCAUGACGGCUCUCGGAGGAAUGCUGGUUAUCAUGUAUUUGCUUAUGUAGUUAUUAGUACACCAACUCUUCAGUGCUGGUUUCGUU